AGUGAUUGCCAAAAUGAAUAGUUUACAAAAAAAAAAUUUGAAUAAAGCAAUAGGACUUAUUUCAACGGCUAUUUUAGAAGAGGUAGAAGAAGAGCUUAAUAAAAGUUCAAAGCGAAUGUGGAUUAGGGAAUGGAUCAAGAGAAGAGACACAUUGGGAGCUACAAAUGGUCUUCUUAGAGAACUAGAAUUUGAAGACCCCAAAGAAUACUUCGUAACGCUAAGAAUGUCUGAAAGCUGUUUUAAUUUUUUGUUGAAAAAAGUGCAACCACAAAUUCAACGUAGUGACACUCACUUAAGAAUGGCGAUUCCUGCAAAAACAAAAUCACAAACAGUUCUAUACUUUCUUGCUACGGGAUGCAGUUUAAGGACGUUAACACAUCUUUUUCGACUUGGAAAAUCAACUAUUUCAGAAUUCAUUCCAGAAGUUUGUAUAGCCAUUUACGAUUCAUUACAGGACUUUAUUAAGGUUCCUGACAAAGAAGGUUGGAAAAAUAUUGAGAAGGGUUUUAAAAACGAAUGGAACUUUCCCAUGUGCUGUGGCGCUAUUGAUGGCAAACACGUUAUAAUUAAAGCACCUCCCGAAUCAGGAAGCUUGUUCUACAAUUACAAGGAAUCAAACAGUAUUGUUUUAAUGGCAGUAGUGGACCAUAAAUAUUGUUUUAGUUAUAUAGAUGUCGGGUGUAAUGGGAGAGUGUCUGAUGCAGGUGUUUUUCGUAACUGCAGUUUGUAUCAAGCAUUAGAGGACGGUAUGCUACCAGAAGGUCAUGUUUUAGUUGGCGACAACGCAUUUCCCUUAAAAGAAUAUUUACUUAAGCCAUUUCCUGGAAACCAGUUGACAUUAAAACAGAAAAUUUUCAACUAUAGAUUGUCGCGUGCAAGAAGAAUAGUCGAAAACGCUUUCGGCAUAAUGGCCGCUAGAUUUCGAGUAUUUGAAAAACCGUUUCCAUACAGCCCCGAAAAGGUCAUUCUUAUCGUAAAAGCAUGUUGUGCUCUUCAUAACUGGCUCAAUGAAACUAAAUUACAAUAUAGACAAUUUGAAUAUACAGUUGAUUCAGAAAAUUUUGAUACUGGAGAAAUUGUCCGAGGUAAUUGGAGGGACGAGUCAGAGCCGAAUGGUUUUGAAUCAUUAAAAAAUAGUUUAGCCAAUCAUUCAACCAGAAGAUCUCAAGACCUUCGCGAAAGAUAUGCCGAUUACUUCGUGGCAGAAGGAUCGAUUCCUUGGCAGACAAAUAUGCACCAUCCGGUGCACUAAAAUGUACAAAUGUACACGUGACUCGGACGAUUUUUUUUCUUAAAUGUCAACUUAAGUUA